AAAGACGUUUAAGGGAAUCCCAAAGUUUAUAUAUAACAUUGUUGGACUGACCUGUCAAUUGAUCUGAAGAAGCACCAAGUGUCAGUGACAUUGGACAAAGUUGUUUAUUUGACUUUAAGACUCAGGAACCCUGCUGAUCUUUUUUUUAGCACUAAAAUGGCCAAAGGUUUGAUAUGGACAACAGCAGAGGAUUUGGCAAGGAAUAGAGGACGAGUCUUAUCUCUUUAUCGCCAACUAUUGCGGAGUAUGAACUCCCCUGAUUUGCCACUGAACUUGGCAGCAAGACUGGCCAAAAAGGCCCAGAUUCGUGCCAUCUUUAUGCUGGCCGCAGAAGAGAGAUCCCUCCACAACAUUGAAGAUCUGAUUGAUUCCGCUGAGUACUCUCUUUCUCUCUUAAGAAAAGGCGAAAUCCCCAAAUACAUUCAAUGAUAAAUUAUUGAUAAUCCUGAUGUCAAUCUCUCUCCCUCUUGAUGUGACUGUGUAUUGCCACUAGAAUUUUUUUAGGCUUUUUUGCAGUUGCAUAUUGGAUGAAGUUAGAUAGAUGAACAAUGUCCCUGUAACCUUUUUAGCAAUCUGAAUUGACAUUUGUAAGCUUAUUAUUCAAAAGUAAGAUGACUCUAAACUAGAAAAAUGAGUCUGUCGAGCUCCUGUGAUGUUAAUAUUUACUAUUAGUUACUUAUGACUUUCCAUAUUGGAUUUUUUUAGUUGUUUUUACAUUGUGAUAUGUAUUAUCUUCCCACAUCUUCCUACCUCUGCUAUAAUAACUUGA